AGGUGCAAUUUGCUGGAUUCCCGUUGGAGUCCCUUGAGACUCGAUUUCGAGAGAGCGUGCAUUGGAUCCAGCAUAGCAAAUGAAAUGAUCUCCCUUGUGAAUGUUGAUCAUGUGGAAUAGAACCUGGAAGUGAGGUGAUUUUAAAUGAAGCCUCCCAUCCAUUGGGGCUUUUCCCCCCACAACUGAAAAAGUGCAUUUAAGCUGCUUGUGCAUUUGUGCAACAUCUGGAUGUUCAUGUGGGCUAAACUGAAGAGAGGAAUAAAAUUUCUUCACCAAAAGAUAUGGACGAAGAGCAGCCUUUGUCUCCUUGCGAUCAGAAUCCUAAAGAAGCAGUACGGAAACGGCAAAAUUCCAGUCAAGGUUCCCGGGGCAGCGAUUCUUCCAGAACAUCCAGAAAAAGCUUCAGACUGGAUUAUAGGUUGGAGGAAGAUGUAACAAAAUCAAAGAGAGGUAAAGAUGGGAGGUUUAUGAACCCCUGGCCAACAUGGAAACCUCCAUCUUUCCCAAAUAUUAUGAAAUGGGCUCUUACGGAAAAGGACAACAGCAAGGUCCCAUCUUCAAAGCAGGAACUUGACAGAGAGCUUCCAGUACUGAAACCAUACUUUGUUCAAAACCCCGAACUAGCUGGAAAAACCGGAGCUGGUAUGCGAGUAACAUGGCUUGGACAUGCUUCUGUAAUGGUGGAAAUGGAUGAACUUACACUUCUUACUGACCCCAUCUUCAGCCAGCGGGCCUCUCCAGUGCAAUUUGGAGGACCUAAGCGUUUUAGAGGACCUCCGUGUACUGUAGAUCAACUCCCCAAAAUAGAUGCAGUGAUGAUCAGCCACACUCAUUACGACCACUUGGACUACCACUCUGUAAUAAAUUUAAAUAGUCGCUUUGGCAGUGACCUGAGGUGGUUCGUGCCCAUGGGUCUUUUAGACUGGAUGCAGAAAUGUGGUUGUGAGAAUGUAAUUGAGCUGGACUGGUGGGGAGAAAACUGCGUUCCUGGUCAUGAUGCCGUUACGUUUGUUUUUACUCCUGCCCAACACUGGUCCAAGAGGACUGCAACAGACGACAACAAAGUUCUCUGGGGAAGCUGGUCUGUCUUGGGGCCCUGGAAUAGGUUCUUUUUUGCAGGAGAUACUGGCUAUUGUGUUGCAUUUGAGGAGAUAGGGAAGCGAUUUGGACCUUUCGAUCUUGCAGCUAUUCCCAUUGGAGCAUAUGAACCAAGGUGGUUUAUGAAAUACCAGCAUGUGGACCCCGAAGAAGCAGUAAGGAUUCAUAUCGAUGUACAAGCAAAGAAGUCUGUUGGAAUUCACUGGGGGACCUUUGCUUUAGCAAAUGAGUAUUACUUGGAUCCUCCUGCUAAACUGAUGGAAGCUCUAGACAGAUACGGAUUGAAAACGGAAGAUUUCUUUGUCUUAAAGCAUGGUGAAUCACGAGACUUAAAUAUUAAUGAGGAUGGAUUUGAAUAAAAAUGGAAAAAAUAAAUCAAUUUCUUAAAAAUUGUAUAUGGGGGUGGGGGAAGCAAUUAAGGUUGAUACCUUUUUGUAAAAUUUUGAACAGGAUUUUUAAGAUUUCAGGAGUUUGCAUACCAGCCUUAUAAAAUUGCAAGUUUUUAAUAAAUGAAUGAAUGAAAUAGCACUUGAUAGCAUUAACUUAGCUGCACAUGCUGUGUACAUAAGGAGUUAAUUACAUUGCCUGUGAAGUAAUUUCACCUCUUUAAAACCAGUGCAGGUCACCUGCUAGAGAUUAACUAGGCCACAAUCCAUAAGACCCAAGAGGACCUGUGAACUCAAGGCUUCCUUGACACAGCAGCCCUCCCUCCCUCACUGAACUGCUAAAUGCUUUAACCCUCCCUUUUAAAAAAUCGGAUUUACAGUUUAAAAAGUGGGGGAUUACACUGAAAAACAAGCCCUACAUACCCAAGAAUAUUUGGAGCACAGAGACUGUAACCUUCUGUUGGAUAAAGUGAUUAUGUAUAGAAAUUGGUUUCUGAACGCAUUUGACUACAGGUCUGUUAUAGUAAAAUCUCCCAUGGCAAUGGCCUUCAGGCUUUCUAGUCUUGAGCAUCCUUACUCAGAUGCUAAGCCUGCAGUGAUAGAACUUCCUUUCUGGUAUGCAUGUUUCAGAUUGCGUAUUUUAUAACAGAAUCCUAGCCAUGUCUACUCAGAAUCAAGUCCUAUUAAAUUCAAUGGGACUUCCUUCCUCAUAAGCGGGAUUAGGAACACAGCCUUAGCUAUUAUUGUUUGACAUCAGAAAGGGCUUGGGGUUUGUUUGUUUGUUUGUUUGUUUGGAUUAGGCUAAAAUCUGAAAUGACCUAGUUCAGGGCAGUCCAGCAUGCAUCCCGAGGGCUGCAUGUGUCCCUUGAGGCCUUUUUAGUGGCCCUCAGCGAUAUCUGAUACUCCCCUCUGAAGCCCUUGUACUCAUAGCUGCCAAGUUUUUCCUUUUCUCGCGAGGAAGCCUAUUCAGCAUAAUGGAAUUUCCCUUUAAAAAGGGGAUAACUUGGCAGCUAUGCUUGUACUGCCUUCCCAAAGCCAGGUAAGUGAUGCACUGGGCUUUGGGAAGGAGGCGUGAGAGCUCUAACAGGGUCCCAGAAUCCCCCCCCCUCCUUCCCAAAGCACAAUUAACUCUUUCCCAGCUUUGGGAAGAAGGUGGUAGUUCUAGGACCCUGUCAGGGCCUCAUGCCUCCUUCCCAAAGCCCUGCACCUAUCUUAUUUGGGGGUGACAGGGACCAAAUUUUGGCCUGUGCAAUAAGGUAAGGUGUGUGGCCUGCAGGUUCUGUGUCAAAGUACUCUUGCAGCCCACUUGGUAUAAAAUGUUGGAUUGCGCUGCAAAGAUCCUGAAAGUACCCUGAUAGAAGUGGUAUUGAGUUUUACAACCAAUACAGCAGCCACAUGGAAAAUGUUUUGAGUAUUGCAGCAUUAGUGUGAAUAGUCCCAGCCCAUUAUCUCCCUUGAGCAGUGAUCACUUAGAGAAUGUGCUCUGUGCCUUCGUAGCUGUUGGAAAUUAAGAGGAUUUUUGAUGGUGUCUUCCAACACAACUAGUUGCUAAAAGCACAUUUUGAACAAAACACUGACUUUACUGAAUGCUUGUACAUUUCCAAUUGCAAAUGUAAGAGCCAAGUUUUGAAAUUAUAAAAUGUGCCUUUUCAAAGAGUUCUAACUACAAAAAUAUAUAUGCCUAUUUAUGUUGCUGCUGGCCAGAAUCUCUGUACACUUUGCAUUGUGUUGUCACUGUGAAAUUGUUCUAGCAUAAGCCUGAACACUUCUUGUUUUGAGAAUAAGCAAGCUGCAUGUAACUGGAACAGUUUGUUCUCUGAAAUCUUUAUUCAGCUUGUUUUGUUUGUUCUUGCUCCCUGCUGCCAACUGUGGGUUUCAAAUGAAUUGGUUUGUCAGAAUGAUGUGGGAAAACAUACAAAUUGCUUAUGAAAUCUUAAAAGCAUGAUAUUAUUAAUUUGUUCAACAUUGUAAAAAAUGGCCAAUUAUACAUGUGUCAAACUAGUAAAACUAAUUUACAAAAUAAAGAUUUCUCUUGCUCAGAAGUAGUCAUAUUAUUGAAUAAUACUUUCUGAGUAUGUUAUGUUAAUAUGACUUAGACUCGCAAUAAGAAAUAAUAAUAUUUAAUUUAAGUACACUCCUUUUUCUCUCCCAAUUUUUCUUUAGUAGGAUUUAUCUCCAGCUAAAGAAUAAUAUUCAACAUACUAUUUGCAGCUUUACAUCACUACACAAUUGUGUUUGCUGUGAAAUCUAGUCUCUUUUAAUACCAAUGGAAGAGUACUAUGGCACUGCAUUUGAAACAUAAUACUUUUUUUGUUUAAUUGCUACUUUACAUUUUAUUCAGCUGUAUGGGUUUGAGCUACUAAAACACAAAUGCAAUGAAUUAUGGCUUUGGGUACCCUGAUGUUCACAGCUCACUUGUUGGAGGACUUAAGUUCAUCUGUAAGAUACAGGACAGCAACAUCCUCUUGUGACUAAUGAAAUCUGUCAUAAUCAAGCUGCAAGGUUUCUACCCCAAGUAUAAACUCAACCAUACAUAAAUCUGACCAUCUUUACAAAACAAAAAUAAAUUCCUUCCAGAGGUGUAAAUUUAAUUUUUGUGUGCAUAAUUACAAGCUAUCUUUUUAGAGAGCUUAAAGUUAAAAGUUGUAGAUAAAAAAGCACAGUCUGAUUAUCUUAAUACUUAUUGUACUGGUAUAUAAAAACGGUAUGGGAGACAGCAACUGUAUGCUCAUAGUAAAUACUGUUAUACCUGUUGCACCCUUGCAGCUUGCUAUACACAAGCUGUUCCUCAUACAUUUCAAUAGAGGAGGUAGCUCUACCCUUAUAUGGAGUUUUCUCCAUAUUUACAUAUGGAACUCACAUACAGCUCUGGAAUAUAGCCAAAAUAUUCUAGCAUCAGGUUUUCUCAGCCCUAAGAAGAUAGAUAGAUCAAGAUCAAUUAAACUAUUCAUACUAUCAAGGCAAUGUACUGUACAAAAAUAUACAAACUGAAUAAAACAUAAGACACCACAAAAUAGUUAUAAGAAUAGCUGGCUCAUCUUUAAAAUAAUUAAUUGUCUGGACUGAAAAUAAUUAAAUGACUUAAAUGUCAGCAUUU